GGCGGAACGAACGCCGAUAGCAGUCGGGGGGCCUUAUUUACGUGCCGACCUUGAGAGUGCAGCACCGAGCCUAUUUAUGCCGGGUUUUCACCGGCCAAGCACCGCUGUAGGACACUGUCGCAGCAGAGCCGAGAGCGGUAGUGGCGUGACGCUCCUAAAUCGCGGUGUCCCGGCGGUCAGCUGAAGCCCACGGUCCCGCUCUUGCACGCUCCGCACCGGUGCGAUGCCUUCAUCGAAGAAGCCGAGUUAUGUCGACAUAGACGGGAUCCGGCUGCCGGGGGGCUUCGAUCCCCAACGCGUACGAGAAGCGCUGAGCUUCAGACCGAAACCUGGGGACAUCUUUCUGGUGACGUACCCCAAGUGCGGAACUCAUUGGAUCCAGCAGAUCUCGCAGCUCAUACUGAACCGUGGGACGUCGGCAAGCAACUAUCUCGAGUUCCAGAUGAAGACACCCUUUCUGGAGUUCACUGGCACCAGCGACCUGGACCACAUGCUGCCACCUCGACUCUUCAAGACGCACUUUACCUUCGAGCGGCAGCCGUACCACAAAGAUGCCAAGUACGUGUACAUGGUGCGCAACCCGAGAGAUUGCUGCGUUUCCUUCUACCAUCACUCGCGGUGCAUUCCCGGCUACCAGUUCGCGGACGGUUCGUUCGACGACUUCUUCGAAGUCUUCAUUAGAGGCGAUACAGACUUCGGAGACUACUUCGACAACCUGCUGUCGUGGUACGAGCAUAAGGACGACCCCAACGUGCUCUUCCUCACCUACGAGGACCUCAAGAAGGAUACCAAGAGCGGCGUUCUCAGACUGGCCCACUUCUUCGGAAAGAAGUACGCGGAGCCGCUCGAAAAGGAUCCGGACCUGUUGCAGCAGGUAUUGGACAAGAGCAGCGUGCAGUACAUGAAAGACCACAUUGAAGUGACCAGCGGGGACUUGCAGAAGCUGUUGAACACAGGAAACGGCACCACUAUGGAGCCGGUGCGGAAAAUGUUUGUGCCCCAAGAUGGCCGGGACCCGACGAUACAGUUCAUACGAAAGGGUCAGGUUGGUGACUGGAGGGGUCACUUCACACCCGAACAGGAGGCCAAGAUGCGAGCUAGGAUACAGGAGAAAACCGCUGGCACAGACGUGAUGAGCCUAUGGAAGGACUAGUGUGUGGUCAGGCCCUACGCUCAGGUGUAAGACGCAAGUAUCAGCUUUGUAUGGAUGAGUAUCACUUCUUUUCGUUUGACAAUAAAGUACUACCCUCAUAA